GGUUUUUCUACAUAUCAGAUUUUAGCCGAACAUGAAAUAUUCUAAAUAUACAGUUACAAAUUAUAAUAAUGUGAAUAAUUUAAUUAAUCUAUUGUAAAUAUUUCAAGAAAUGAAAGCCCGUGACGUUUAUCUUUUUGUGCUGUGUAGUGCAUUUUAGUUUUUGCUAUGAAGUAUAUAUUUGUGGCUGCCGGUCUUGAACUAAUAAAUAAUUGUUCGGAGAAAAAUUCUUAUACAUCAUAUUGAGUGUGUGUAAAUUUAAUGAACUAUAGACAAUGAGAGAAAUAACUGAUAUUUUGUCAUAUUACAAAGCUUAUGUUCCAAAGUGUUUCUUCACUAAUUUUAUGUUAUCAUGACUGCUUUAAAUUGUAUAUUUAAAGCUUUCAAAAUUGCGCAGUAACUCAUUGAAGCCCAUAAUACCCGAAAAAAUAUCAACUUCUAACAUUUUUCUUUGUGGUAGAAGAUUUUAUGGCGAUUGUUUUACCGAAGCGGCAGGAAUGCUGUAUCUUUUCUUAUAACAUUAUUUUGGUUUGAUUCGGUAACUUGCUAUGACCGUCCUAAUGCCUACCUGGUACUAUGAUAAAAAAGAUUUAAAGCGCUCCCCAUCUAUACUAGAUGGUAUAGAUCCUGAGAAGGAGAGCAGGUAUCGUCGAGAGGGAGCUCGCUUUAUUAUAAAUGUUGGCACUAAAAUGGGACUGCGAUAUGACACUAUGGCUACUGGUGUUGUUUAUUUUCAUAGGUUUUAUAUGUUUCACUCGUUUAAGACGUUUCCAAGAUAUGUCACUGCUUGUUGCUGUCUGUUUCUUGCUGGGAAAGUUGAAGAAACUCCCAAAAAAUGCAAAGACAUUAUUAGAAUAGCUAGAACCUUUCUUGCUGAUCCUCAGUUUACACAGUUUGGAGAUGAUCCUAAGGAAGAAGUGAUGACUCUGGAAAGGAUACUUCUUCAGACAAUUAAAUUUGAUUUGCAAAUGGACCAUCCUUACGGUUACCUUUUAAAGUAUGCUAAAUGCUUAAAAGGUGACAAAGUAAAGUUGCAAAACAUGGUACAAAUGGCCUGGACAUUCAUAAAUGACAGCCUUUGUACAACUUUGUGUCUGCAGUUUGAGCCGGAAGUAAUAGCUAUUGCUUUAAUGUACCUUGCGGGGAAACUUAGCAAAUUUGAAGUAGUUGACUGGGUUGGACGUACACCUCGACAUACACACUGGUGGGAUAUGUUUGUUGAAGGAAUGUCUAUUGAACUUUUAGAAGACAUCUGUCAUCAAGUAUUAGAUCUGUAUUCUGCUCCAGUAUCAAAUACUUCACAAGAUUCGCCACCAGCAACUCCACCUACAAAAUCUAGCAGAAAAUCAUCGCAGCCCCCAUCUCCAGUGGAGGUUACUACAUCACCAGCCCAAACCAAGCCUAAAGAGAUAUCAGUAGGCCUACCAAUUCCCAGGUUAGAACCUGGUGACCUGAAAAGGAAGGCUUCUGUAUCAGAGCCCAAGAAAGAAUUGCCAGAAAGCAAAAAACGUCCUGCUCCUUCAACUGAAGGGAAAGCUAUUCCUGUCAUUUCUGGUUCUCCACCCAAAGCCAGUGUUAUUACUCAAGGAUCAGACACACAACCAUCUUCCCCAACUUCUCCAAAUUCUGCUGAAAGUACUAUCAAAAGCACUAAACUUUCAGAAUCGUCUGUUCAACGAACUGUAACUGAGGCUACUUUUAGAACUGGUAUUUCAUCUACAAAUCCGCAACCAUUUUCACAAAGUGUACCAACUCCACCUGUAGAAAGUGUUACAGUAAAGCCAGCUCCUGUUGUAUCAGUCACUAGUUUCCCUCCUACUGUGCCACCUCCUACUACAACAUUCUCACAACCUGGCCCUUCAUUUUAUACUGGUGUUUCACUUGAAAAGAAUUUCCCUAAUAUUCAGCAGCCUCCCCCACAAAUAUAUCCUUUACAAUUUCAGCAUCCUCCACCUCCUGGUCCUCCUCCACCUACUCCUACUGGUCCACCUCCACCACCAGGAAUACAUCCACCAAACCAGUUUGGUGAUCCAUCCCAUCAAUUUCCUAAUGUACCCCCAAAUGGUGUGCCGCCAUUUAAUUCCCAGUUUCCUCCUCCACCACCUAGACAACCACCCCCUCUUCCACCUAAUAUUAAUAAUCCUCCACCUGCUCCAGUGCCUGGUAUAACUCAACAUCCACCACCUCCACCUCGUCCUCAAGGAUUACCACCUGUACCUAGUAUGAUUAGAUCAGUUCCACCUCCUAGUUUAUCUAAUGUUAGGCCACCAAGAAUGAUGUCUGAUGGUCCCUUUGGCCCUAAACCACCAGGUACUGAUGUUUUUAAUCCUCGUCCAGAUCAACGAGGUAUACGUUUUCCUCCAAGUCAAGACUUUGGUCCUCGACCAAGAUUUGAAGGUGACAAUCAAGGAUUUAGAGGGAGGAAAGAAUCUGAAUUUGAUGGUCCACCACCACCACCAUUCUCUGAUCAAGGUUUUCCCAGACCUCCACAGCCUAAUCAAUUUGGACCAAGUUUUGAACGACCUCCCAGACCUCCAAUGCCACCAAGGAGAUUUCCACUAGAUCCAAAUAGGAAAGAAAGAGGUCCACGUCCACCAAUGGGUAACAAUUCAACACAGCCUCAAGGAGCUCCAACUGGAAUACCACCUGUACGAAUAACGGGGAGUAUGUGAAAAUCUGAAGUUUUCCGGGGAAGCGACUUGCCGUCGAUAAUUCCGGUUUCUGCGCCAGAGGAAGUCACUUUUUAACCUCAGGAUUCAUCUCUUUGAAAAGGGAAAUAUCAGCAUUUUUUUCAAAGAUAUUUGAAAAUAAUUUGAAGUUUAUCUCAUCGUUGUAUAUAUUAUUAAUUUCGAAACAAGGUGCUACAAAGAUAAAUUUCAAAUUGUCGUCUGCAAUGGAAUGUGAUAUUGCUUACGCAAUAAGUGCGAUUUAAAGUGCAAACGAUUUCUGAUUUCGUUUUUUUUGCUGCGAUGCUUAUAAUUAUUUUUAUGCAAUUGAAAUUAUAUUAUCUUUGAAAUUUACCAGUAUGACUUUUUGCUGAAUGGUUUGUAAUUAUUUCUUUAUUUCUCCAACUCUUUUAUUAUUGAAAAUUAUUUAUAUUUUAUGGAAAAUUAUCAUGUUUAAAUUAAUUUUAAAAUUGCUGCCUUUUAUAUCAUAUUUCUCUGCGUAACAAAUAUUAAAGUUUUGAUUCUUUUAUGUUCUUAAACAUUGCUUUAAGGAACUUCAACUUAGAUAUUUUGUUUCUCAUUUUCAACGUUUUUUGUAUUCAUCAGUCAUUAUCUGAAAUCACAUUUACCAAGUAUUCAUUGUUAUUUUACGGGUAAGUAUUUGGAAUUCAAAAUCUGUUCUAAAUGUA